AUGGUCGCCGUCAACGCUCAGACAUUUGCGCCUCUCCAGUUUGCAGGCGUGAAUAUUGCAGGUUUUGACUUCGGUUGUGGUACAGAUGGCACUUGCAUUAUCUCGCAGGUUGUCCCCCCUGUCUACCAACUAUCCGGUGUUGAUGGUUUGGGCCAAAUGCAACAUUUUGUCAAAGAUGACGGCUACAAUGUGUUCCGUCUCCCUGUUGGCUGGCAAUACCUCACAUAUAAUCAGUCGACUAGUGUCUUGAACGAAACUCAGUUUUCCAACUAUAACAUGCUAGUGUCCGACUGCCUGAGCACAGGUGCUCACUGCGAGAUCGAUAUUCACAAUUAUGCUAGGUACGAUGGGGAGAUUAUCGGUCAAGGCGGUCCCAGCAACGAAGUCUUCGCUGAGCUCUGGUAUAAUAUUGCCUCGUACUGGCAGAACGAAACGAACGUCAUCUUUGGGGUCAUGAACGAACCUCAUGAUAUCCCGAAUAUCACCACUUGGGCAGAGUCUGUUCAGGCAUCCAUUCGGGAAGCUGGUGCUACCACCCAGAUGAUUCUCCUCCCCGGAAACAACUAUACUUCCGCGGAAACUUUCGUUUCCAGUGGGUCUGCUGAGGCCCUUGGUAUGGUACGAAAUCCUGACGGCACAUUCACCAACCUUAUUAUGGACGUCCACAAAUACCUCGACUACGACAACUCCGGCACCCACGCUCCUUGCGUGACCAACAACAUUGAAGACUCAUGGUACCCUCUGAGCACCUGGCUCCGUGCAAACGGUCGGCAGGCCCUCAACACUGAGACUGGUGGUGGAAAUGUAGACUCUUGUGUUGGCUAUAUAUCACAGCAGAUUGGCUACCAGGCUGCUCAAUCUGAUGUCAUCCUUGGCUACCUUGGCUGGUCGGCUGGUUCCUUCGCCACAGACUAUGUUUUGUCUGAGGUGCCCUACUACAAUGGCACCGGCUGGAAUGACACACUGUUGGUCUCGAUGGCCAUGUCGCCGAUGACCAACAUGCUCGUUGCAUCCGUGUUAUAA